AUGAUGCCUGACCAGUAUGCUCGAGGAGUGGACUGGCUGAUUCGAUAUGGAUAUUUACAGUCUCCAGAUACUCUGAUUGGUGGUCUUCAGACCAGGGAGAGUAUUGAAGAAGCUGUCAGCAAAAUGCAACGAUUUGCUGGCAUUGAAGAGACUGGGAACUUGGAUCAAGAGACUUUAGAAAUGAUGGGCAGACCUCGCUGCUCUCUCCCAGACACCAUCAGCUCUGAGGAGCUGCUGAAAGGAAACAGGAGAGGUAAAAAAAAGAUGAAGAAGAACAAGAGAUACACUCUACCAAAGAUGAGAUGGGACAAGACUGACAUCACAUGGAGCAUACAAGAUUUUCCGCCUCCCUCAAUGUCUCCUGCUCUAAAUCCAGGUCUGGUGAGGCUUAUUUUGGGCAAUGCCCUGCGAGUCUGGAGUGAAGACACAGCUCUGCGUUUCCACUUUUCUCCAGGUGACCCAUCAGCACAAACAGACAUCACAGUCACUUUUACCAGUGGCUACCAUGACGACGGCUAUCCAUUCGAUGGCAAGGGUGGAGCUCUGGCACAUGCCUUCUUCCCAGGUAAAGGAGAUCUCGCUGGAGACACACACUUUGAUGCGGGAGAGAGCUGGACGUAUGGAGACUGGAGCAGCGGCUCAGAUUUAUUCACAGUCGCAGUGCAUGAGUUUGGUCACGCUUUAGGCCUGUUUCACUCCUCCUCCAGUGACUCCAUCAUGAAGCCGUAUUACUUUGGUCCUGUGGGAGAGAUGAACAGCUACAGCUUAACCGCUGGUGACAGACUGGGAAUUCAGGCGCUGUAUGGAAAACAGCACAAUCUGAAACCACCUCCAUCUGUUGCUGCACCCACUGCUCAUCUGACCCAGUUUUCCACCCCCUAUCUUUUACAUCCUCCUUAUCACCCACCAGACUCUGCUGAUCGCUGUCAGGGUGGUUAUGAUGCCGUUGCUAAUAUCAGAGCAGAGAUUUUCUUCUUUAGAGGUCAACAUUUUUGGAGGGUACAUCAUUCAGACUCAUUGCUGUCCUCGACUCCAACUCUGAUCCACAGCUUCUGGAUCGGUUUGCCUCCUGAUACAUCCAGGGUUGAUGCAGUAUAUGAGAGAAGAGAUGGACAUAUUGUAUUCUUUAUUGGUAAUCAGUACUGGGUGUUUAGAAACACAAUGGCCCUGCCUGGGUAUCCACGACAGCUUUCAGACUGGGGUUUAUGCACUGCAGCAGGACAUUUUGCUGAAAGUGUGGAGGCAGUGUUUGUUUGGCCACACAAUGGGAAGACGUACGUGUUCAGUGGUGAACAGUACUGGAGGUUUGAUGAGGCAGGCGCAGAGAGGAAGAUGGAGGAAGGGUAUCCCAAACCAGCCGCCAUCUGGGGGAUGCCCUCUCACCCUGAUGAUAUCAUCGCUUUUUUAGAUGGAGAAACCUACUUUUUCAAAGACUCAAACUACUGGAUUUUACAAAGAGGAGGUCUGGAUUAUGAAUCUGCUUCUCCAAAGUCUAUAGCUACUGACUGGAUGAAAUGUGAUAGACAUGUUUCAGCUCACACACCUGAGAUUCCCAGAGACAGAAACUGUAGUUGUGUCCAGAAUGUGGCAGCCGUGAUACAUUCUUUGUCAGCGGUUAUAUAUUUGAUUAAUAUAAUUUUGGUUGUUACAGUGUUCUGAUAAUAUCCUUUAUGUUUGAAUUGAAUGAUUGUUGGGUCAUGCUGUGUCAACUUAACAAGAGCUACAUGAAUGCAAACUUUGGGAAAAAUUAAAAUAA